AUGGACCCGCCUCAGACUCCUUCUACCUUCAUGAAAUCCCGUCCUUCUACCGCCUCUUUGAUCCUGACGAAGCUCACCGUCAAUUUCGUCCUCCCUUACGCAUCUGAGCUUUCCGAGAAAGAGCUGAAGACAGUUGAGGAGUUCUGUAUGAAAGAGGAUGAUGGUGAUGUUCUGUAUGAAUUCUUGGUUGUGACUUUGGUGGCUUUCUUUGUGCCAAAUUUUACAGAUUUUUUUGUCAUUGGUGGGGAGCAGCACUUGCUGCAUCUUAGGGUCUGUGUUACCUGCUUUGUUUCAUUUGCUGGUGUUCAAGGAAGAGAUGGGGUGGAAGCAAUGGAGCCUGGACAUGGCGAUAGUGGGACUGGGCAUGGGCAUUACACUGAAGGAGCUGAGCUUAUUGAUGUUGUGCUUGAUGUUGUUCGUAAGGAGGCUGAGAAUUGUGACUGUCUUCAGGGUUUCCAAGUUUGUCACUCGCUUGGUGGAGGCACAUGGUCUGGAAUGGGAACUCUGCUGAUAUCUAAGAUCAGGGAAGAGUAUCCUGAUCGAAUGAUGCUUGUCUUAGGUUCCCUGGUCAGCUCAACUCUGAUCUAAGGAAGCUUGCAGUGAACCUCAUCCCUUUCCCUUGUCUCCACUUCUUCACGGUCAGUUUCGCUCAUCUCACCAUGGUUGGAUACUAACGAGGGUAUACAAAUAACUAAUUCAAGCCAUGAUCAUGACAAGAGCUCUAGCAGCAGCAAUAGUGGUAGUGGUCAUAUUAACAUCUCAGAAGAUGAAUCCCAUAAAGUGCAGUGGAAAGAUAAUGAUAAUGAAACUGGUUUAUUUUCUGAAGCUAUUACUGUGAUUUUUGUGCCAAAUCAAAAUGUUCUAGUUGUUAGAAAUUAUCCAAUGGGUUAUAUUGCUAAUGUGACGGUAGAGGAACGAAUGUGAUGAAUUCGACUACACGUAGUGAUCCAAACAUUCAGUGGAUGUGAUAAUCUCAAACAUCUAAAAUUAU